AUGACAGCAACAAACAACAACAGCAACUAUAUCGUUUCUGAUGAAAAAGUUAUUGAUUCAUUAGCUGAGGAAUUAGUUGUGGCAGAAACUAAAACCCUCAACGAAAGAAUUGGUGAAAACAAGAUUGAUUUACAUAACUACCUCAAACAUGAUGGAGGAAGAGGAAGGAAAACUGGUAUGGCUUUAUUAGUAAAUAAAAUUUCAAAUUUAACGAUUAUAGAUGUUGAUAUCAAUAAAUCAUACAAUGAUGAACUUAAAGAAACAGUUAGAAAAGAUAUUUUAUCAAAACUUUCGGAUAAAGAUGUUAUCGUUAAAACCGCUUCAGGAGGUCUUCACAUUUAUUGCAACACUAAUUUCUUCUAUUCAGUUUCGAACAGAAUGAUUAAAUGCUAUUCCUGCAAUGAUUAUGAUAUUGACAUAAUGACUUCUAUGGAUGAUUCAAAGCGUUC